UGCAAAUGCUUCAAUAAUCUUGUUGUUGUUGUUCUACUACUACUACUACUACUCCUCCUCCUCUUCAUCUUCUUCUUCCGAGUACUCCUGGAUCCCUCCUCCCUAUCUGACCAGCACCACCACCACCAUCCACAAUGGUCUCUUUCACCGUGUUCAAGGGCAACGAAGAUGGCAAAGUCCGCAAAGCGACUACCACGAAAGGCGACCUCGUAGAAGACCAAGUCCUCGUCAAGGUCACCGCCUCCGGUCUCUGCGGCACAGAUCUCCACUACCGCAAAACAGACAUGGGGCUUGGGCAUGAAGGUGUCGGAGUGGUAGAGCAAUUGGGUCCACUCGCCACAUACUUGAAGAAAGGCGAUCGCGUCGGAUGGGGAUAUCAACACGACAGCUGUGGUCAUUGCCAGGAAUGUCUGAAGGGCACCGAGACGUACUGCAAAGAACGAGCUAUGUAUGCGUAUGCGAACACGGACCAGGGAUCAUUUGCGAGCCAUGCGGUGUGGAAGGAGGCUUUCUUGUUCAAGAUUCCGGAUGAGAUUAGUGAUGAGGCUGCUGCUCCUCUCAUGUGCGGUGGUGCUACCGUCUUCAAUGCUCUCCAUGCAUACAAUGUCCAGCCUACCGAGACAGUUGGUAUCUUGGGUGUGGGAGGUCUCGGCCAUCUUGCCAUUCAGUUCGCUGCUGCGAUGGGAACCAGAGUCGUUGUCCUCUCGGGAACGGACAAGAAGAAGGAUGAAGCCAUGAAGCUCGGAGCCCACGAGUUCAUCGCAACCAAAGACGUCAAGGAGAUUAAGCCAUCCAAGCCAAUUGACCGCCUGCUUGUCACAAGUUCAGCGCCACCAGAUUGGUCCAUGAUUGUGCCCGCACUCGCGCCUGGUGCUACCAUUCACCCUCUCUCGGUUGUGGAUGAUGGCGACUUCAACAUUCCAUACAUGGCUCUGCUGGUAUCAGGCCUGACUGUGCAGGGGUCAAUCGUGUCUUCUCGCUACAUCCACCAGAGAAUGCUCACGUUUGCGGCUUUGCACAAGAUUGAGCCGAUUGUGGAGAAGUACCCCAUGAACGAACAGACCAUAAAUGAUGUCAUGGAUCGGUUGGACCAGGGCAAGGUGCGCUACCGUGGUGUGUUUGUGCCAGAGCAGUAGACUGUUUCUGGUAGUGGCUGUGUAUUCAGAAGCAAGAGCUGCUUGGGUCCCACGGAAUUUGUGUACUCUUAGAAAAUAUUGAGCGUUCGCCAAUCAAAAUCGUGACGAGUUGAUGAAUUGGACUUUGAUCUUGUCUCCCGUCUUCUAGCUCAAGGUCCCUUCCCGGGAGGCACGUUGAUAACACCCUGAAGGCGAUGAGAGGUGGCUGAAGGGUACAUGCAGCUCACUCGAGCAGUUCUGCAGGGUACUCGAACGUCUUCUGCAGGUGGCCUUUGAAGGUCUCACUAUCAGGCGUAGCAAAACCAGACGGGUUCUUCAUCUCGGGGGGAUUCGUCUCGAUCUCUAUGGUGACCUCUUCGUCCAGGGAGGAAAAGUCCAAUCCAAUGCAUGGCGUCGUAGGCAUCUCUUGGGGCGGUUCGUCACUCACCGGUCCAUCAUUGACCAGACCCACGUCCAUCAUGGCUUGGAACACACCAUCCUUAACACGGUCCUCGCGAUACAGCUUCCGUACUUGGUUGAAGAAGAGAUCGUAGAGCUCUUUGCCUUUGGUAGGAUCUGCAGAAGCAUGGAAGCUGGGCUUGUUGCCUUUCUUUGUAGACGCCAGAAGGGUGAAUUGAGAGACACACAGCACUUCGCCAUUGAUCUCCUGCACAUUCUUCUUCCACUUGCCACCACCCUGCUCGUCAUCCCACAAUUUCACCUUGAGCACUUUGGCAGCCAUGGACUCGACUUCUUUGGCAGUAUCCUCUUUGGCAAUGGCUGCUAGCACCAGCAGGCCUUUCCCAAUCGUCGAUAUGAGCUGACCAUCGACGGUCACAGAAGCAGACUUGACGCGCUGAAUCACGGUCUUCAUGGCGGCGGUAGGUGGUAGCCGUCGGCCGUGUGCACCUGGACAGGACCAGUAUGCGCUGCAGAUGGAUAUGACCAGGUCGAGUGUAAUGCAGAUGCAAGUGAAUAACAAUAAUGCUGGUGGCGGCAGAGCCCGAAAGACUG